UGUUCGCUGUCUUCCAUACCGGAGAGAGACCCCCCCCCUGCUAACCGACUGGCUCCUCUCUGUGGUGCCGUGAUAUGAUGUGUGGGGGAGGCUUUCUAGCGAGAUAAACAAGCAGCCAGUCAGCAUCGGGGUUUCAGCCAGCACAGAGCAGUCAGAGAGGAACAUGGCCGCAGCACAUUUAGCUCGCGCUAUAGCUGUUCCUCCCAACCGAAGGUCAGACCGGGUUGAUUAAACAUACAGGAUUUAACAAGAGCACGAGCGACGGAAAGUUUCACAUCGUAGAAGAGGUGGAUGAAGGGUUGCCCUCCCAGCAGCCAUGAUGCCCUGAAGAGCUGACUGGAGUCUGUACCAGAACCUAGACGCUGAUAUGCAGUGAGGAUGAGUGGCGUUGGUGAAAACCCCUCGAACCCUGCUGCCAGGGCCGAGUCGCGGAAACGCAAGGAAUGUUCCUCUGACCUGUUGGGUCCCAGCCCCAAGCAAAGCAUCGAGAAGAGAAACCGUGAGCAUGAGAACAAGUACAUUGAGGAGCUGGCCGAGCUGAUCUUCGCUAACUUCAACGACAUCGAUAACUUCAACGUCAAACCAGACAAAUGUGCUAUCCUGAAGGAGACUGUCAGACAGAUACGACAGAUCAAGGAGCAAGAGAAAGCAGCCGCGGCCAAUGAGGAGGAGGUACAGAAGGCGGAUGUGUCGUCGACGGGCCAAAGCAUCAUCGACAAGGAUGCUCUCGGGCCAAUGAUGCUGGAGGCCCUGGAUGGGUUCUUCUUCGUGGUGAAUAUGGAGGGUAACAUAGUGUUUGUGUCUGAGAACGUGACCCAGUACCUGCUGUAUAACCAGGAGGAGCUGAUGAACACCAGCGUCUACAGCGUCCUGCACGUAGGAGACCACGCUGAGUUCAUCAAGAACCUGCUGCCCAAGAGCCUGGUGAACGGUGUGCCGUGGUCCAGUGAAGGUCCCAGGAGGAACAGUCACACGUUUAACUGUCGAAUGCUGGUCAACCCUCACAGUGACAACAGGGACGAGACCAACGACCAUGAGGGGCAGAAACAGAAAUAUGAGACCAUGCAGUGUUUCGCUGUCUCCGAACCCAAGAGCAUCAAGGAGGAGGCAGAAGACUUCCAGUCAUGUCUGAUAUGUGUGGCUCGCAGGAUGCCCAUGAAGGAGCGGCCCGUUCUCCCCACGCACGAGAGCUUCACCACCCGCCAGGACCUGCAAGGUAAGAUCACGUCACUAGACACCAGUCUUCUGAGAGCCUCUAUGAAGCCUGGCUGGGAAGACCUGGUGAGGAGAAGCAUCCAGAGGUUUCACCUACAGAACGACGGAGAGAUGUCCUUCGCCAAGAGACACCAACAAGAGGUGUUGCGUCACGGCCAGGCAUUCAGCCCCAUCUACAGGUUCUCUCUGUCAGACGGGACCAUCGUGUCGGCUCACACCAAGAGCAAGCUGGUCCGCUCCCCUGCCACCAACGAACCUCAGCUCUACAUGUCUCUACACCUGCUACAGAGAGAGCAGUCAGUGUGUGGUUUGGGGCCGGGUCAGGACAUGGGGCCCGGUGGACAGGGCCAGCAGGGGACAGUGAUGGGCCCCGGCCCCAAACCAAUGGUCCCCAACCCCUCAAUGACACCUCCAACCCCGGGGACAAUAUCUGGCCUGGUGCCCCUGGGACAGGACACCACGAUCAGCUCCAACAGCACGCCCUUCUCCCUUCCUCAUGGAGGUCCAGGGUCCAGAGAACCAGGGCUCGGACCCAUGGGGUCCGGGUCUGGACACAUGCAGGGCUACCGCUACGGUUGCCCUCCCCAGCCCAUGGGCUACCCUGGAGGGAUGCAGGGCGGCAUGGGCAUGAACCCCCCCAACCAUCCCCACCAGCAAGGGGCCAGCUGGAGGAUGAGCAGCCCGUCUCGAGGCAGCCCUACCCCAGCUGGAGGCCCCCAUCUGGGGCAACAGAACUCGAUGCUGUCCCCUAGGCACCGGGCGAGUCCGGGGAUGGCAGGGAGCCCUCGCGUGGCCCCAUGCCUGCACUCUCCCUCCCCUGUGGGGAUGUGUGGGUCUGGAACAGGGGUUGCAGUAGGAGGUAGCGGUCCUGCGGCUAACAGUCAUGCUAACAGUCAGGCUAACAGUCUUGCUAACAGCUACACCAGUAGUUCUCUGUCGGCCCUGCAGGCCCUGAGUGAGUGUCACGGGGUUGGACACGGCGGUUGCGUUCACCCACACAUUCAUGGCGCUGGGGGUCAUUCGCACGCACACACCCUGGGGUCACCGGACAGGAAGAUGAUGGGGUCGCCAGCCGGAGUCACGAUGGGGGCAGGGGUCAACCCUCACAUGAUGUCGAAGCUUGGCGGUGGCACUAACGUGGAUCCUCACGGAGAGCAGGGUGGACAGUACGACCAGAGACAGAUGGACAGACAGACUGACGGGAACGGUAGCAGCGGUAACCACGGUGACGUCAAAGAGGAGAGGGACGGCUCAAACGACGGCCCCAACGCGCAGAGCCGUGUCCUCCACGACAACAAGGGCCACACCAAACUACUCCAGCUCCUCACCACCAAGUCCGAACCCCUCGACACCCCCCCGUCUCCCAACGGAGGAGGAGACCCCAAGGACCCCGCGUCAGGGCUGGGGGGCCCUCAUGGUCCAGGGGCCCCAGGGGGCCACGCCACAUCCCUAAAGGAGAAACACAAAAUACUCCACAGGCUGCUCCAGAACAGCACCUCUCCUGUCGACCUGGCCAAGCUCACCGCUGAGGCCACUGGCAAGGAGCUGGGAGAGCAGGGGAGUAACGUCAACACCCAGGUGGGUACAGGAGGGGGUACAGAUGGGAACCUCCUCUCCAAACAGGAGCCCCUGAGUCCUAAGAAGAAGGACAACGCACUGCUGAGGUACCUGCUGGAUGAAGAGGAGGGGGGCAUGAAGGAGAGGCAGGCUAGGAUGGAGGGAGGAGGAGAGGUGAAGACUGAGAUGAAACACCCCCUCCAUGUGAAGACUGAGAAACAGGAUACAGGAUAUGAUCGCUCUGAGCAGUCGUCAGAGCUGGAUGAUAUCUUAGAUGAGCUACAGUGUGUCCAGCCCCAGCUGUUCGGUGAGCCGCGGCCCGUCUCUCUGCCUUCCUCCCUGGACAAACAGACCAUCAUCAACGACAUACUGCACAUCACCCAGGAAACCAGCCCUGCCAACGCCAUGGCAACACAGCAGCAGCAGAGGGGGCCAGGCAACUAUGGUGGUGCCAGAGGGCCAGAGGGCCAGGGGCCAGCUAGGGGCCUCCCUGUGAGGAGUGUAUCCCUGGACAUGACCGUGUCAGGGGUCCCCCAGGGCCAGUAUCCCCCUGUGGGAACCCUCAGUCCCUACACGCUCCUACAACAGCAGCAAGGAAUUCUGGCAAACCACACCGCCAUGAUGUCUAACCAGGCCAACCUCUCAGGUCAGAUGGAUGGUCCUCGGCAGGGCAUGCAGCAGGAGGGGGGUUGGGGGUCCUGGGGGCCCAGGUCAGAGCGGGUCAUCAUCGGUCCGUCCUCCAGGGGUCCCAGGCAGCAGGGGACGACGCUCGGCCGUAUGGGGCCCAGCCCUGGAGGCACUAUGAGACCCAACAGUCAGCCCGGCCCUGGACCCAGACAGAUGCUGCAGUCUCAGAUCAUGGUCAACGACAUGGGUAUGGGGCCCCACCAGUUCUCCCAGCAACAGGCUCCACCCAAUCAGACGGCUCCGUGGCCAGACAGCGUGAUGCCUGUUGAGCAGACCCCCUUCAACCAGAACAGAAUCCCUCUCUCCUCUCCUUCUCAUCCCUCUCUCCUCUCCCAACAGGGUCAGUCUGUAGAUCAGGAUCAGUUCUCUUCAGACCCGUCCAUGUUGUUGGACCAGAAGCCUCCAGUGUACGGCCAGCAGGACCUGCCACCUGGCUCCCAUCUAGCCCAGAGAGGGUACCACGGCCCUGGGCCCGGCAGACCCAUGCAGGACCCCACACCUGGCUCCCUUCUAUCCCAGAGAGGAUACCACGACCCUGGGUCUGGCAGACCCAUGCAGGACCCCACAGGGCAAGGCUUCCACCCCAUGGCUGUCCAGAUGGGCCCCAGACCAGGAUACCCCAUCAUGAGGCUGAGGCCCCAGGCGGUGGUUCCUAACCAGCCUAAUACACUGAGGCUUCAGCUGCAACACCGGCUACAGGUACAACAGAACCGCCAGCCAAUGAUGAACCAGAUGAGUGGAGUGUCCAAUAUGAACCCAACUUUACAGUCCAACAACCCCAACCAGGGGACCAUCAAUGCACAGAUGUUGGCACAACGGCAGAGAGAACUCCUCAACAACCACCUGCGGCAACGCCAGCUGGAGCAUCAGAGACAGCAGCAGCAGAGGAACAUGGUGAUGAGAACCCAGGGACUCAACCUACCUCCCAAUAUGGCCGCCGCCGCGGCGGCUGCUGCAAGUGGCCUAUCAGGAGGCCUGAGUAACCCUCGGAUCCCACAGACCACCAAUCCCCAGCAGUUCCCCUACCCACCCAGCUACGGUACCAGUACAGGCCCAGGCCUGGCCACACCUCCUCCUCCUCACCCCUCUACCAGCCCUUUCUCCCCCAUCUCGCCCAGCCUGCCCUCCUCUCUCCCCCCCCACCAAGCCCUGCAUGGCUCUCCUUCCUCCCAGAUGAUGAUGAUGGGGGGAUCAGGACAGUUUGGGGACGUAGUCAGCCCUCAUGUACAGCAGCUCAGUGCCUUUCAGUUCCCAAACUCAGGUAUGUCCCAGCAGCCUGACGGAGGGUUUGGGGGUCAGGCCACGCCCCAGAGUCCCCUGUUGUCCCCCAGGAUGGCCCACGCCCAAUCCCCCAUGAUGCAGCAGCAGGGCAACGCCAAUUUCCAGGCGUCGCCUGACCUAAACGGUUGGCCGCCCCAGGGGAACAUGGGAGGAAACAGUAUGUUCAGUACUCAGCAGUCUCCGCCUCAGUUCACCCAGCAGCAGCAGACCAAUGGGGGCGCGGCCAUGUACAACGGCAACGGAAUGAACCUCAACGUCUCCAUGGCUACCAACGCCAGCGGCAUGGCCCCCGUGGGUCAGAUGGCCGGACAGAUGAUCACCUCGCCUGGAAUGACCUCAAUGGGACAGGAACAGAAAUACUGCUGACCCUGGUGGAGCGUGUAGCCAACCAGCACCUUAAUGCUAACACCCAGGAUCCAAUGAGCUCGCUGGUUCAUCUACAACCACCCAACCAAUCUACCAACGGCUCUUUGAGUGAACCUGGCAGUGCCCUGACUCAGCUCUGCCCAUCCAAGCCUGACCUCUGACUUCAUCUACUUGGCAUAAAGUGUUCCUCAGAUCUAUCCCCACUGGGGGGGGGUCACCCAGGGUUCAAGGGGGGAGUGGGGGGAUGGAGGAAAGAUUGGACUUUUUACGUGUUCCAAAUGGCACCCUGUUCCCUAUAUGGUCGAAAGUAAAGCACUACAGAAGGAAGAGGGAGGCAACCCUAAAACGCCUAUCCCCUCCUUAAAGGAGAACCCGUGAGCCAGCCUGUCUCUGUCCAGCUGCAUUCACCGUAGUGUGACUUACUGUAGGCCCCUCUCCCUCUAUUGUAGAUCCCUCCCCCUAUGGGUUGAUUGACUGUAGGCCCCUCCCCAUCUGCCUGGAGGUCCACCCCCUCUGGGUUGACUGACUGUACGGCCCUCCCCCCUCUAAGUUGGCCCUUCCCCCUCUGGUUUGACUGACUGAGUACUGGUGGCAGCGGUGGGAUCCUCGUCAGAUGAAUGUAUUCCUCUCUAUGGACAAGUGGCCAUUUUGCAAUCUGAUCUCAUCUCAAACAAUUUAUACUUUUUUUUGUUUUUCUCCCUUGAUCCCCUCUGAUGUUCUAGAACAUUCCUCUCGUGUUCCACAAUGGCAUCAAAUGUUUACGUUUGGAUUCUGGAGGGCAGCGGAGGGAGCGGAGCAGCCAACUAAUUUCAGCCGGUUUUGCCUUUUUGCUGUUUGUUUUUGUUUUGAUGAUGAUGAUGAUGAUGAUGAUGAUGAUGAUGAUGAUGAUGACUACAGAUGUGUUGGAUAAAGACAAAUGUUUUGUUUUUUUAAACACUGCAGAUUAUUGUUUUGACUGAAAUAAUGCUUUGUAUGAUAAUUAGACUAAUUUAGUCAAGAGGUUUAUAAGUUUAUUAAAUUAAGUUUUAUUUUUCUGUUUAGAUUUUUCUGAAAUGAUCUUAGAUUUCUUUUUAUUAUCGUAGCAAACAACAGAAGACGAGGCAAAGUGAGGAAAAAGAGGCACUUUGUCGUUUUAAACUCUGCGGUUAAACUCUUUCUGGAAAGACUACUAUAUUCUAUCACAUUGAAAUAUUACGGAUUUGACUUUGGUUCAGUAGUUUCAUCAGAAGUUGUUGAAUUACAUCAUGUGGUUGAAGACAACAGAAACAGACAGAUUGUACAUACUGUACCAGUUACCAGACAGAUUGUACAUACUGUACCAGUUGACAGACAGAUUGUACAUACUGUACCAGUUACCAGACAGAUUGUACAUACUGUACCAGUUACCAGACAGAUUGUACAUACUGUACCAGUUACCAGACAGAUUGUACAUACUGUACCAGUUGACAGACAGAUUGUACAUACUGUACCAGUUACCAGACAGAUUGUACAUACUGUACCAGUUACCAGACAGAUUGUACAUACUGUACCAGUUACCAGACAGAUUGUACAUACUGUACCAGUUACCAGACAGAUUGUACAUACUGUACCAGUUGACAGACAGAUUGUACAUACUGUACCAGUUGACAGACAGAUUGUACAUACUGUACCAGUUGACAGACAGAUUGUACAUACUGUAUCAGUUGACAGACAGAUUGUACAUACUGUACCAGUUACCAGACAGAUUGUACAUACUGUACCAGUUGACAGACAGAUUGUACAUACUGUACCAGUUACCAGACAGAUUGUACAUACUGUACCAGUUACCAGACAGAUUGUACAUACUGUACCAGUUGACAGACAGAUUGUACAUACUGUACCAGUUGACAGACAGAUUGUACAUACUGUACCAGUUACCAGACAGAUUGUACAUACUGUACCAGUUACCAGACAGAUUGUACAUACUGUACCAGUUGUCAGACAGAUUGUACAUACUGUACCAGUUACCAGACAGAUUGUACAUACUGUACCAGUUACCAGACAGAUUGUACAUACUGUACCAGUUGUCAGACAGAUUGUACAUACUGUACCAGUUAACAGACAGAUUGUACAUACUGUACCAGUUAACAGACAGAUUGUACAUACUGUACCAGUUGACAGACAGAUUGUACAUACUGUACCAGUUGACAGACAGAUUGUACAUACUGUACCAGUUGACAGACAGAUUGUACAUACUGUACCAGUUGACAGACAGAUUGUACAUACUGUACCAGUUGACAGACAGAUUGUACAUACUGUACCAGUUGACAUACAGAUUGUACAUACUGUACCAGUUGACAGACAUAUUGUACAUACUGUACCAGUUGACAGACAGAUUGUACACACUGUACCAGUUAACAGACAGAUUGUACAUACUGUAACAGUUGACAGACAGAUUGUACAUACUGUACCAGUUACCAGACAGAGUGUACAUACUGUACCAGUUGACAGACAGAUUGUACAUACUGUACCAGUUACCAGACAGAUUGUACAUACUGUACCAGUUACCAGACAGAUUGUACAUACCGUACCAGUUAACAGACAGACUUUCCUAUUGAUUUGGGCCUUUUCUAUUCUUUCACCUGGUCUGGUCUUGACUGCCUCUGCUGUAAAAGCAGAGCGGUGUUUUAUGUGUUUGUUUGAGAAGACUAGAGUCUGACCUUGUCGUUGAUACGGUACAAGAGAGGAGCCUUUACCCAGGCUCUAAUGCAGGGUGUAGGUAGGUAGGUAUGCCUGGGGGGGGGCUGCUAUGUAUACAGUGUACAGAUUAUCGCUAGCUUCUCAGCCUAGAGCGUAUAGCUAGCACCACGACAGAAAGCCAGGACAAACUGCUCUGGUCCGUCAGUGUGAUGUACUAAACAAGCAAUAACAAUUUCUUCAGAAUCUUACGUUUUGUGUUUGUUUUUGUGCAGAUGUUUUCCUGGGGGCUUCAUUGUAAGCUCUGCGGUCCGUCAGGAAAUUAAAACACUGCUACUUUUUUAUUGCAGUUUAAAUAUAUUUUUUUAAAUCUCUCUAAUCCAAAUGAUACAUUUAUGGCAGAUGAUACAGCAGUGCUGGGUGUAGACGAGGAGGAAGUGUGGUGGUGGACCUUACUCACCCUCAUGUUAACACACAGGGUGCAUCCUAAAUGGAACACCAUGCCCUACAUACUUUUAACCAGAGCCCUCUGGCAUCAUAUUCCCUCGCCCCUGUAACGGGUAUAAUGACAUCGUAUUCCCUCGCCCCUUUAACAUGUAUAAUGACAUCAUAUUCCCUCGCCCCUGUAACGGGUAUAAUGACAUCGUAUUCCCUCGCCCCUUUAACGUGUAUAAUGACAUCAUAUUCCCUCACCCCUCGCCCCUGUAACGGGUAUAAUGACAUCAUAUUCCCUCGCCCCUGUAACGGGUAUAAUGACAUCAUAUUCCCUCGUCCCUGUAACGGGUAUAAUGACAUCAUAUUCCCUCGCCCCUCUAACGGGGAUAAUGACAUCAUAUUCCCUCGCCCCUCUAACGGGGAUAAUGACAUCAUAUUCCCUCGCCCCUGUAACGGGUAUAAUGACAUCAUAUUCCCUCGCCCCUGUAACGGGUAUAAUGACAUCAUAUUCCCUCGCCCCUGUAACGGGUAUAAUGACAUCAUAUUCCCUCGCCCCGCUAACAGGUGUUGACUGUGGAUGUUGCAGCAUAGUCCCGUACGAUUGUGUUCUUGCUUACUCCAUUGUUGUUAUUGUCAACUCAACUCGGCAUAGCCAUUAGUGACAAGGAGCUGGCAUGACGGCACAAACAGCCUGGUGCUCACGCUAGCAAUAUUGACAUCACUUAUGAUAAUAAGCAGGACUUUAAUAUGGAGGAUAAGCCAGAUAACCCAUGUGGUGUAAAUUGGGUUAUGAAUUCUACCAGCCUUUCAUUACAUUGACGAUGAAGGACAGAGGCGGACUUAGCUGUGUUUCAACCGUGUCCAAUGAAACAGGCCCCCAAACAGCUGAAUCCACCCAGGGUUUAUUAGCAGCCCAGGCAGUAGCAUAGUCCAUCAACCUCAGAGAAACAUGCAACGCCACCUCGUAGUGUGUGUGUGUGUGUGUGUGUGUGUGUGUGUGUGUGUGUGUGUGUGUGUGUGUGUGUGUGUGUGUGUGUGUGUGUACAGCAUUAAAAAAAAGUGUAUUUGAUGUGGGAUCUGAGAUAAAAAACUGAAUGUAUUGUCAUGGCUGACCUCAGAUCAGAAUAGACUGGAAAAGCUGCGAUUCAGAUGACACCCUUUUUUUCCUUAUAUAGAGCCCUAUGGACCUUGGUCAAAAGUAGUGCACUACAUGUGGAAUAGGAUCCCAUUGGGGAUACAAGCCCACCACUGUGGGAAGCUGUAAAAAAAAUAUAUAUUCUCAGUGGAUUGUUUAGUUCUGGAACUGCCCAAACCUCAUGGAUGACGUUACUCAAAAGCCCUGGUCUGAGAACAGUUUUUAGAUGUUUAUUUUUGAUUGAUUUAUUUCCCUGUUGGUAACAGUUUGGGUCAGGAUGGAGAAAGCUGCUCACAGAUCAGGGUCCGUAUUCAUAAAACCCUGGAUCAGUUUAGCAUUUUUAUAUUAUAAUGAAAUGAUGGGGGCGGGGGCUCGAGGGCGGGGCCUGUGUGUGAGGGGUUGGGCUGGGGGCGGGGCCUUGGUCCGAGAUCGAAACUCCUUCUCUCCGAGAUCGAGAUCGACACUCCUUCUCUCAGAUGAUUUCUGAAUACUGUACUUUGGGCUAACGGUCCCUUUUGAGUAACACUUUGUCUGUAUGAGGCAUACGGGGGUUCCUAGUAUUCAGUGACUCUUAUGUAUGUUAUGGGGCCUGUCUCUAAACGCUGUGUUGCCUCUGUUUUGCUGUACGAUUGAUUGAUCACGAUUUAUCGAGAUGUGUCACUGUCGAUCACACUUUCUGCUAAAAGCUGGAUGUCAUUGCUGAGAAUUGACUUACAUUUUUAAGAAUAGCCAAUUCUAAAGAAAUCACUCUUAUCACCACCCCUCUGCCAAUUUCCAAAGAUUGUUAAGAUUUUGAAAUGAAUAUAAGCCAUGAGGUAAUGUUUUUUUUUUAAACAUUUAUAUCAGGACUUGGAGCAAACAACCUUCUGCCCCUCAAAAAAAUAUCCUACAGGCAGUGAAUAUAAAUCAAUUUACAACUAAAUAAUUCCUCUUCUAUACCUUUUAAUUUGGGAGAUUUUUUUUAAAUGCCCCUGUUUUUGUAUCUGUCUGCCAGUUUUCUUAGAGCUAAAAUGCAAGAACCUUGAAAUGCUAACAACAACAACAACAAAAAAACGAGCAUAUUGCCUUAGAUUGUCUGUUCUCCUUGUAUAUUUUAACGCUAUCCGUGUCAUAUUUUGUAUUGUGAAUAUGUACAUUAUUGAAUGGGGUGCAUCAGUUGAUCAACACAUCUUAGUUGCUGAGACAAGCGGUCUCUCUCUCUCUCAUCUGUGAUUGGUUGAAGGCUGUAAUUAUUUGAAUAAUUAAAUACCCCCCCUCCCCCUAACUGUUGUGUCAGACUGCUAUAUGGAGGAAGAAAAAAUAUGAUGCAAUGGGAUAUUGAAGCAAUAUGUAAUAUAUUCUAUGAACUUUCUGGAGAAAGUAAGCUUACAGUGUUACGCGUUCCUCUGAGAUGUAUGUUUUUCUCCCCCAGAUGUGUUUGUUCACCAGAAAACAUCGCACUGUUCGUCGUUCCACCCGUCACUCACGCCGUCAACGUUUGUCAUCUUUAGUGUUGAGCAUUUUAUGCAAAAGUUAGAUAUGCCCGGCAGAAGUUUAAACACAGUUAUAUGCAAGUUGUCAACUAAUAAGGCUUCGCUGAUGCUAUUUGCAAUUUGAUGUUGAAUAAUACAAUUGUAAAUAAAGAAUUGUUAUUGCAACAUUUAA